UUUUAGAAUGUGAAAGUUCAGGCGUGUUGGUUAUCGAAUAAGAUGUGAUGUGAUGUUCCUAGGUCAAGAAAAAUAUGUGCUGCGCUAAAUUGUGAGCUUUUAUUAGCUACUCUUCUCGGAAAAGAUGGAACUUCUGUGCGCGGUACCCCGGCCAGUCAAGAGCAACAUCUGGACCAACUGGGCACCUGGAGGCGGCAAAGAUGACAAGAAGCCUCGACUGGCGCGGUCGUCGAGCGUUCGUGGCGACGACUUCUCACGGCUCUUCGGUGUGGCUUCCCUGAGGACGCGACGCACCACCGUUAGCGGCAGCGUCCGCAGCACCCGCAGCGCUGGAUCGGCGUCCAUAUACGACGUACUCGGAGAACCUGCCCGUCCUCUGGCUCUCAGCCGCCACAUCUUGCCGCUGUCAACCCCCAGUGCAUGUCUGUCGCACGAGGCAUACUCGACGCCCCUGUCGGUUGUCGACUCAUACAUGGAGUUCACAGGUUCACCACUCCGUCGCUCACAGACUCUUCCACCACUCGCUAUCAAACGAAGUUCAAAUCGAGGACUUGGGAUGCAAAUGUUACCCAAUGAAAAUAUAAUGUCAAAGACGGAAAUCAUUCAUGAGCUGCCUCAUAAAGAAAAUAUUAAUCAUGAUGCCCGUCCACAUUAUGCCGUGCCAGACGCUCUUCCUAAUUGUUCAUCCUCGCACUUCAGAAGCCUUGAGCCCCUGCCGAGAACUCCCUCCAGCUCAUGCAGAGCUGCAGGUGAAGAAGAGCUCAGCGAGGCUAUGGAGUCGGAAGACUGCCUCCACCCCCUGCGAUCCAGUGAUCCUUCGAGAUCGUCAUCCGAUAAUCAUGGAAGGAAUCAUUCCUCCACUUGUCAGGGGGCUCGUCCUCGCGAGAACAUAUACAACGAAACCGUCUACGGUGAAGGCAGUAGCGACACCUAUUAUUUGGCUUCUCAACUUCUCGAUUCGGGUAUUCCAGACAACGUUCGUCUCUGUAAACGUCAUUCUCUUGCCUCUUCCUCGUCAUCGUCAUGUUCGUCGCGUUUCGCGAGCCUGGCUGGUGACGACCCUCUGUACUCGGGUAGCCUCAGUGAGGCCGGCUCGUCUGUCUCGUCUUUUGGUACGAGCACAGACGAAGGCGUUUACAGCGCGUCUAGUGUGACCGCUUCGUCCAUCUACUCCUCGUGUGGUAGAGACCUCAGUGAGGCUGACGAGGCGUGUCUCGGGUGCCUCAAGGAGGCGGAAGAAGGAGGAAGGUUAUCAUCGAGGCGGUCCAGGACGACUCGUUCUGCUCGGCAGCUCCCCGUCACACCCACGCUCAGAAGGCUCCUGCAAAUGGGCCUCGAUCAACCCUGCUCAGAGAGCAGAACUUCGCUGCCUUCGUCCCACGUCGCGCCUUCUUCCCCGACCCCCACCCACAGAAGCUCCUCGUCAAGCAGCAGCGCCACCACAACCAUCCACAACCAUGUCUUGCCCUCCACAGCCUCAACCAGCUCCUGCAGCAACAGCAGUAGCAUCUCUGCAACGCCUUUUACAGGCGUCGUCAGGAGGGAGAAGCUCCACCCUCCUCGCACCGACGCCCACAGACUUUCUAAAGCUAACUUGGAAGACUCCGGGGAUUUGGAAUUGGACGCCAUACUUGGAGAACUUUGCGCUCUAGGCAGCCAAUUCGACCAAGAGCUCAAAGAUCGCCCGGCCGAACCUCAUCCGUCCAGCAGCAACACAGGAGGAGCUAGAAGAAUGCCGUGCACCGCGAACCGCUCGUCGCAGCAGGGCGACUCGAAGGCCAAAUUUGACUGCGGUGAUGGCGAGCAGCCUAAUCCUGCCAUGUCUCGCACUGACAGUCCUGACAACGACAGCGCGUUCAGCGACUGCGUCAGCGUGCUGUCUUCAGAGAGCAGCGCCAGCAGCGGCGCCUCUAACGCCCACCGUCAGCAGCAGCUGCAGCUCGCUAAUCAGGUGGACAACGCUGCUCAACUGAAAGCAGAAAAAAUCAAGUUGGCGCUGGAAAAAAUCAAGGAGGCGAAUGUUAAAAAGCUGUUCUUGAAAGCCUUUUCCCGUGACGGUUCGAGCAAAAGUUUACUGGUAGACGAGAAGAUGACCGUGGCGCGCGUCACUAGACUCCUGGCAGACAAGAACCACGUCACGAUGGACCCGAAGUGGACCAUCGUCGAGCACCUCCCCGACCUCUACAUGGAACGCAUUUAUGAGGACGACGAGAUGCUCGUAGAAAAUUUGCUGCUGUGGGCCCGUGACAGUCAGAAUAAAUUGUAUUUCCUGGACCGGCCCGACAAGUACAUGCUUUUCUGGCAGCCCGAGCAGUUCCUCAACGCCUCUCAGUCAACUCCUGCAGAGCCUCUUUUGGAUGAUGAGGCCAAAAAUAAUCUGAUAGAAGAAUUUUUCUCAUCCGGCUCGGUGCCUGAGGUUGAAGGUCCUCUUUUCCUGAAAUCUGAGGGGAAGAAAAUGUGGAAAAAAUUUUAUUUCAUCCUUAGAGCUUCGGGCCUAUACUAUUGCCCGAAAGGCAAGAGCUCCAGAUCAUCUAAGGACCUUGUUUGCUUAGUCACUUUUGAUGGAAGCCAGGUUUACCAAGGCGUGGGUUGGCGUAAGAAGCACAAGUCUCCCACCGACUGGGGAUUCGCCAUCAAGCCUGUGGCUCUGCAGUCCAAAAGCAGCAAGCACAUCAAAUAUUUGUGUACCGACGACGCAGCUAGCAUGCAUCGCUGGAUCACUGCUAUCCGCAUCGCCAAGUGCGGCCGUCGCUUGUUGACCAACUACCGGGCGCUGAUCGAGGACCUCGCCCAAGAAGACAUCGACUUGCUGGCGUCGUCGCGAUCCUUCAGCCUCGCGUCCGUCGCGGCGCCGUCCAGCCAGGCGACGACUCCUUCAAGCGAGUCCCGCUCCCUGGACUCCUGCUUGGCAUCUAGCGUGGCUACGUCCGCUGACGAUAGUGACAGGGAUGAUGACUGCGACAGCGAUGGUGCCACUCCCGUUAAUACCUUAGAUAGACAACAUGCGUGGUGCAGAAAUAAUGAUUUAUCUGUGGCCGCCACCCAUAAUGCCAGUGUUUACAACACACUUGCCUCAACCACUUCUACAAGCAGUUCAUCAUCAAGCGGCUGCAUGAGUCAUCGCUCAAACGCCUCAACUCCCUCUACAGAGCACGGCUUUGAAUCAGAGUUCUCCCAGCAAGGAACCAUCAAGAGAAAACCUGCAGCCCCAAAAAUCCCCCUCACGAACACAACUAGACAAAUGCUGCACGACCGCGAGUUUGAGUGCGGAGACAACGCGGGUGUCAUCGGCAAUUCAAGCGGUGCCUCGCUUAUAACCGCCUUGCGGCAGUCGCUUAGACGCUCUAUUAACGACGAAUCAUCAUCAAGCCUCAAGAGAAGAAACUCAAGCAGUAGCACAUUGCCAAGAGGUUUUUCGUCCGCCAAACAUUCUGUGGAAGAACGCAACAGCCAUUCAACUCUCCCCUCAAUGCCUGCACCGAGCUAUCAGUCUGCAGAGAUAGACGGCCUUCCACUUCCUCUUCCCUUACCUGAUGUGGAUCCUGUUGAUCCCUCUUUCUUGCCUCCACCUCCCCCCGAACUUCUAGCUUCCACCCUCAGUCUUGCAUCGUCUCUUCCACCUCCUCCAGAUGAAUUGUCGCCCCCCAAUCCGGAUGAAAUGACAUGCAGUAUGAUCUCCUUACCGCCUCCCCCUCCGCCUCUCACUCUCCCCUUAGCGAACCUCGAGCUUCGGCUCGCGUCCCCACCCACGCUUCCUCAUGCUUCUAUGAAGCCCAAAUCACCUCCUCCUCCUCCCGUCGCUCCCAAGCCAAGACGAAUUUCUGACUCCAGUUCUCACUCUCCUCCAUCACCGCUUUCUCCUCCUGUUGGAGUCAUGAAAAAUAAGCUUCCUGUGCAGCCGCCUCCUAAGCCAAAGAAAAAAAUCUCCUUUAAAGAAGAUGUACAAAACAUUCCUCCUUGUAUUUAUUCACCAUCCCCUUCACCCCCUACGCCGUCUUCCCCCAGUAAGCCUCCUCCCCCACCUCGCUCAGACUCGACGCGACUCUCCAACUCCCCGCAGAGUUUAUCCAAUCCUGCCAACAAACUAACGCCUCCUCGCACCUUCCUCUGCAGCCUGCAAAAAGUCAUGCAGCGCAAGUGGCAAGUUGCAGAAAAAUGCAAAGAUUUCGAUCAAAACCCGCAUGAAGUUUUGGGCUUCAGGGACUCAUUGCCGCCUACAGAGACCGAGAGAAACGUCGGAUUAUGGAUCCAAGAGCAUUACGGAAAUAUCUACGAUCAUUUGGGCAACAACCCAAACAAUCAGAAUGGGUGUAGUGACUCCGAUAGUUUACCUUCCCCACCUUUACCAUCUCCUCCUCCUGUAUCCCCUCCCUUAUCUUCUCCGUCUGUUCAGUCUCAAAGACCACUGUCGGAUGUGCCAUGCUCCGGUUCUAGCAUAGCUAGCAGCAACCGCCUGAGCCAAGGAUCUGUCGGCAAGAAAAGACCUCCGCCACCUCCGCCAAAGCGAUCUGACAGCACGCAUCUGUCCUCGAUUCACUGAUGACUUUUUACCUGUAGGAUUAGUGAUUAGAUGUGGUGCUAAGGGCUUCGCGAAACUUAGCGGUCAGCGUUCUAUGAAGCCACGUUGCUCAUUCAAUAUGAAGCCAGGUUACUAAGUGUUGCAUGUAUAUAAACAAAAUUAUUCCACUACUCUCACGGAAGGAAGCUUCAAACUCAUUCAAAAUCCAAGAAUAGCUUAAUUUUUCUAUUGCAGAGUGACAAGGUAGUUCCUCAAAUUUGUUAAUUAAUAUUAGUGAGCUCUGUAAAAAACAUGAUGUCUACAAAAUGAUUUCCAAUUCACAUGUACAUAAUGUUAGAUUUUGUAAAAAGAAUAACAUAAGUUUACAUUGGCUAUUCAUCUCGGUCGCUUUUUAUUACGCGAACUUGUGCAGGAGAGUUUGCGUGAAGGUGCUCGUGACCUGAGGUAUUUGUAGUCUGUCUGUUUUUUUUCUGUUCUUCGUUAUUGUGAAAUAAUUUAUCUUCUCUUCGUGUUGACGACGUCAGAAUACUUGCAUCUUUUUUUACAUCAUCGUAUAAUUUUUUUAUUUUUAAUAACCAAUCAUAGAUUUGCGGUGGUAAACAUUUUACCUCAAGGACGGUACCACAUUAAAAAGUUCAUACUGAUCUAUAUAACUCAAGCAGGGUAAUUUAUUGUUUUUAGUGAGGACAAAAAUAAGUACACAUAAAUAAUUAUUUCUAUGAACUAUUAUUUAAAGGUGCACCUUUCUUCUUUUUGUGCCUUUGAGCAGAAUUUCGGAAGUAGCGCUCCCUCAUCUAGAUCGUUUUUCACGGUUUAGUUGAUAUUAUUGACUGAAAAUACUUUUUUCAUCCAGAUCAUGACCGAACCACUAAAUUUGAUCGUCUGCUCAGCUAUUUUUUGUGCCUUUGUUAAGCCUUCUCUCAAUUCUUCAUUUUUACGUCCUUCUUAGAUUUCAGUUGAGGAAACAACGCCGCCUAGUCUUAAGACGCACUCAUCUUAAAACUCGUCUUGCAUUGUUUUUUUUCAGUCCUUGAAUUACACUGCCAGCUUUAUGCUAGGAUUUUCGUAGUUUUCUCGGCCAAACAUUACAGGGAUCUCUUAUUUGACUCAAGAUGCACAACAAACGAUUUUAGAUUUAUUUGUUCGAUGCAAUUUAUUGAACGCAGUGUGCGAUGACUCAUUAUGAUUUUCAGUUGUAAGCAUUCAGUUGAGUUUCAAAUUUUCUUUGUCCCCAUUAAAUCACCCUAUGUAGCGCCUUAGAGUCUGUACUAGUGAACCGAUGGACGUGAGCACUGUACAUAUUUUCAUAUGUAGUGUUCCGCGACAGUACCUAUUUUGCCUUUACUCACACUGGUUCAUGUACAGUCGACACAUGAACUAAAUAAAUUGUUCACAUAAAGACACAUAAAUAAAUUGUUAAUCAAAUAUUGGUUUGUGUGAUUGUGUUUCUUGCUUUGUUUCUAUACUCGCUUUGAUGGCUGAACAAAGUUGAACAUGAUGAGAAGGUUACAUUCAUAUUUUCACUUGCGACCAUUUCGUUUGCGUAUUUUCCCAUUGAGCUCAUGCAUCUUAAUUUGUUUGGUAGAUAAGAUUUGUUUUAUUUCCAGUUUUUUUCAGCGUAUACUUGAAUUGUUACAAGACUGGUCUAAUUCUCCCGGCAAUCAUUCUUCAUUUUCUUAUAACCAUUGUGGGUCCGGUAAAAUUUUUUCUUUACCUGACCAAAGGCCUUGACAUGUAUUGGCCAGUAUUUCCAGUUUACCGUUGUUUUGGUAACCUAUUGGCACUGUUUUUUUUUAAUUUAUUACCCGUUUGUGGGGAGCAAGGAUCUCGGAAAUUUUCGUGCGUCGUCAUUGUUCGACAGGAAGUGACGUUUUAAGAUGAUGCUUAAAAUCCGUGCAUGUCUUUUAGCUUUCUUACCGUUGAUCAGCUCUUCUCUCCGACAUGCGCAUUUAAUAUCAAACACUCGACUAGGAAGAUGGAGCAGACCUCUUCUGCCAAAAGUCUGUCGAGUGUGCGAGUCGUUCAACCUUUCUGCCUAAAAAAUGAAUCAACGUCCAAAAAAUAUUCUUGGAUCACUUCUGGUCACGUGAAUUUACAAAAAUUCUCAAGAAGAAUUUAUCAUCAUCUUAUCAUCAUACUAUUUUUAUUCAUUCUUUUCCAACUUCCCGUAAAGUCCGUACAUGGAAAUCAACAGUUUAUCUGAAGCCACGACCGUACUCUAUUAUGCAGUUGUUCAUUGUGAAUGUGGGCAAUAAGUAUCGUGGAUGUAGAAGCUGAACUUGCAGAAUGAAAAUUUUGAUGUCACACUUGCCUUUUUGCGCCUUUAAAUGUUUGACUUUUUGAAUGCAUGAUUAAUGUUUCUGCUAUUGAAAUGUCCAUUCCUGAGCUCCUAAGAAACCCUAACGUAUGUAACAUUGUACCUACUAUCCUAAAGUCGUUUAUUUGGAGUCGCUUUAAUUUCUUUCAAUGCCAUUUAAUGUUCUAAGCCUCGUUGAAAUUUACAGUCUGAUUAUUCAUAGUUAUCCUGUUUACAACGUCCUUCUACGUCCUGUCUUGAAAAUACAUAAAGAAAUUAUAUAACUAUAUAAAGAUGACCA